GACCCGCACUCAUGUGACCAUGAAAAAUAAAGUGUAAAAAUUUGUUGUAAGGGGAUCGGAUAGUGUUAGCAAAGUGUAGAUCUGUCUAUGGGGAGUCUAUAGACGUCCUGCUGAUCUGCCAGUGUUACUGCUGGAGAUGCCUUCCAACAAGUCAGUAUCUGAUGCCCCCAUCACCCAGUUCACUAACUGCAGGAUCCUGAGGGACCAUAAACUGCAGAGAGAAGAUUUAUGGGUGCGACAAGGGAGGAUCCUAAAUCCAGAGAAAUUAUUCUUUGAUGAAAAAGGAUCUGCUGAUACCCAGGUUGAUUGUCAGGGGAGAAUUAUUGCCCCUGGAUUUAUUGACACGCAAAUCAACGGGGGUUUUGGUGUUGAUUUUUCCCAACCAACUGAGAAUGUAAAAGAUGGGAUUUCUUUGGUUGGACGAAACAUUCUCUCUCAUGGAGUGACUUCUUUCUGUCCAACGCUUGUUACAUCUCCCUCAUCAUUGUAUCACAAGGUCAUUCCUCAGAUCUCUGUGAAGGAUGGUGGUCCAGAUGGUGCAGGUGUAUUAGGUGCCCAUCUAGAAGGUCCAUAUAUUAGCCGUGAAAAGAAAGGAGCUCAUCCUGAGCAAUGCUUACUCUCUUUCAGCGAGAGGGGUUUCGCCGAUCUCUUAGCCACAUAUGGUACGCUGGAUGGAGUCUGCACUGUGACCUUAGCCCCUGAGAUAUCUAAGAGUGAAGAGGUGAUAAAAGAAUUGGUUAAACGUGGGAUCUGUGUCUCACUUGGUCACUCAAUAGCAAAUUUAUCUCAAGCUGAGGAUGCAGUGACAUAUGGAGCCUCCUAUAUCACUCACCUCUUCAAUGCCAUGUUACCGUUUCACCACCGAGACCCUGGGAUUGUGGGGCUGCUAACUAGCGAUCGUAUUCCCUCAGGAAGGACUGUGUAUUAUGGAAUGAUUGCAGAUGGAAUACACACCAAUCCUGCAGCUCUAAGGAUCGCACACAGGGCACAUCCAAAAGGUUUGGUUCUUGUCACAGAUGCGAUUACAGCAAUGGGGCUGGGUCCUGGAAAGCAUAAACUGGGCCAACAGGAUAUACUGAUUGAUGGACUCAAUGCAUAUGUAGCGGGAACACAUACUCUGGCUGGCAGCAUUGCUACAAUGGAUAUGUGCGUGAGGCAUUUUCAUAAAGCCACAGGUUGUUCAGUAGAGCAAGCCUUGGAAGCAGCAAGCUUACACCCAGCACAGGUGCUUGGUCAGCAGCAUUGCAAGGGGACUCUUGAUUUCGGGACAGAUGCAGAUUUUGUGCUACUAGAUGACGGUUUGAAUGUCAAAGCUACAUAUAUUGCUGGAGACUUAGUAUGGGAAUAUUCCGUUUCCAAUUAGAAAUGAUCAAGCAUAAGAAGUUCCUGGUACCAAGUCAUACUGUGCCUUAUCUUUUGCCUGCUUGGUGACAUUCAUCAUCUUGUAUCUUAAGUGCAUGUCUUUUCCAUGGUCACCAAAUAUUAUCAAUGGUCUUGGUAAAGCUAGACAUAAGUAUGUCAUAAAAUUCUCCUUUUGGAUAGGGGACCUCAUUUGGUGGUGAAUGGAAUAUGAGUGGAGUCACCUUCACUUUAGAGAUGUUGGAAGAAGAGAUGGAUUAUGACAGGUGGAGUAGCGUGCACUGCUACACAGCAGUUUUCCAAAGUACAACAUAGUUUUGCUUUCUUAGAUCAUAUGGAAACUGCUAUUAUCCAAUAUUUUGAUAAAAAGGAUCCUGUAAAAGAACGCAUCAUAUUCUUCAUUUUCUCUUCACUCGUCAUUUUUCAAAGUACCAGGCAUGAACUACCGACCGUUUGUUUGGAUUCUAACAAACACAUGACGCUACUAAUUCCUAUGAAACUUAAACAUCUAACUUUGUUCCAUGGAGAUUAGACAUAGUUGUAUUACUUGAUAUGAAUAUUACUAAAAUAAAAUAAGAUACAACACCAAGAAAAAUACAUCUCUAAAUAGGUAUAGUCCAAAAUUUACUGAAGUGUAUUAUUUGUUAACCCAAAAUAUAACAACCGUAGUACAAAAGUCUUUAUUCCUGCUUCACAAAUCUGUAACGCUGCUCUCCAAUCUCUUAAAAAAUGCUCUGUAUUAUGCAACACACUUAAAGGGACAUUAAAUACUUUGACAUACAUUUUAGUGACCUAUGUAUCACUGUUCCUAAUUGGCCACAGCAGAGAAGGUAACCUAAGUUACAAGAUGGCAGCUCCCGUUGUUUUAUAGACACCAAACUUUGCACUUAAAUUGUCAAUAUUUAAAUAGCUGAUAACUUUAAAAAAUACAUCUACGUGUUAUUCUCAGACUAAUCUUUUCUUUGAAUGUAUCAUUCUAUCUAGCAUUUACUUAGUGUUUAAUGUCCCUUUAAGAAUUACUCAUCGAACUGUAACAAUAUCUUAAACUGUAUUAUCAUAGGCUAAGGGACAUUCCCUGUAGUUUUUGCACUUUAUAGCAGAACUAUUCCUGACCUGCACUUCCUGCAAAGGUCCAAAUUUUGCUUGAAUUUAAAGAAUUCAGAGAAUGUAAUUUUCAAUUACUUUUUCAAUGUUUCUUGAUUAUUUUACGUCUUAAUUUGUGUUAAUGUGCUAUCAACAAUAUAAUAAUAUAAACACUAUUGGUGCUGGUUAUGCUUUUUAAUAACUGAUAUACUGUUUUAACUUGGAUUCUUUAAAGCUGAGAAUACAUUUAUUGCUGCAUCCCAGAACAUUGCACAAUAACAUAGUGGGAUCAAUUAUAAAAUAAAAGCUUUUAGAAUUAAAUGGUCACUCAACAUUUUUUCUCCAAUGCAAUAGUUACUUUGCAGUGUAUCUAGUCAGUGUGUAAAUAAAAGAGCUGAAAUCAAAUUACAAA